AUGGCCUUCAAACCUGCUGUUGAGGUUGCAAUCACAGCCGUCGUGGCUGGCUAUUUUUAUUACUACCUUCCCGACUUGAUGCCCUUUGUCGGUAUAAUUAUAAUCGGGUCAUGGGGUAGAUAUCUGUACGAAAAAUUUAAUGAAAGGGCACCUGUCUUGAGUCCUACCGAAUGGAAAAAGUUUCCUUUGAUUGAGAAGAUAAGCGUCAGUCAUAACGUCGCAUUGUAUCGUUUUGGUCUUCCUCAUCCGGAAGACUUUCUUGGCCUUCCAAUUGGACAGCGAUCUAAGAAAUAUUUGAAUCGUCAGCAUAUUUCAGUACAAGCUGAAAUAGGGGGCAAGUCAGUACAGCGUAGCUAUACGCCGACGAGUUCCGACGAUGACCUUGGACACUUCGAUCUGCUGAUUAAGACGUAUCCUAGUGGAAUAAUCUCAAAACAUAUUGCCGAACUGAAAAUCGGUGACCAGAUUAAUGUAAAGGGACCAAAAGGCCAGUUUAAAUACGCGCCAGGUCUAGUUAGAGCAAUGGGAAUGGUCGCAGGCGGAACCGGAAUAACGCCGAUGUUACAGAUAAUUCGUGCUAUACUAAAGAAUGCGGAUGAUAAGACUGUCGUUAGUCUGAUAUUUGCCAACAUUACAUUAGAAGACAUCUUGCUCAAAGACGAAUUGGAUGCUCUUGCUGCCGGACACGACAAUUUCACUGUACAUUACACUUUAGACAAGCCACCGGAGGGAUGGACAGGAAGUGUUGGUUUUGUGACGGCUGAUAUGAUUAAGAAGUAUUGCCCUGCUCCUGCGGCAGAUGUAAAAAUUCUACUGUGUGGACCGCCCCCUAUGGUAUCCUCUAUGAAAAAACAUUGUGAAGCAUUAAAUUAUGAGAAACCAAGGGCUAUAUCAAAAUUGGAGGAUCAAGUAUUCGUAUUCUAA